AUGGAUCUCCUACAGUCCGUAACACGCCACAUCGAUCUCAAGGAUAGACGGACAUUGUACAUUGCUCUGACUGGACCCAUCGUUGCAUACUUCGCAUUGAGGACUCUCAGCGUACUGGCCACAGCACGUUCGAGGAGCAACAAUAAUGCAGGCAUCCUGGCCUCACCUCGGAGAGCCAUGGGAUCUUUGGCCAAGAAGCAAUUGGACGAUCUGCCCUAUCCACCUGAUGCUCUCCCCGGCGGUCGAGAUGUCGAGAGCCCCUAUGGAAGUAUCAGGGUCUACGAAUGGGGACCCGAGGGUGGGAGGAGAGUGUUGCUUGUUCAUGCUCUCGCGCCCAUGGCCAAACUCCUCGUGGAACAGGGCUACCGCGUCAUGCUGUUCGAUCUGUUCGGACGUGGAUACUCGGACACACCAGAUCCAGAGCUCUAUCCUCAGGAUGUUCGCCUGUUCACUUCACAGGUUCUGCUGGUACUAUCCUCGUCUCCACUGAGCUGGACGGGGAGUGAGACCAGAGUUACGUUGAUCGGGUACUCGCUGGGUGGAGGUAUCAGCGCGGCAUUCACCUCUUAUCUACCCCAUCUCGUCGAGUCGCUCGUAUUGAUUGCCCCGAGUGGUCUGAUCCGUCACCAUCACAUCUCGCAGUCUAGCAGAUUAUUGUACGGGAGUCUGCUGCCGCAGUCAUUAGUCAACUACUAUGUCCGCAAACGUCUUGGCGGUGAUCCAGAGACCAAACCAGCGACGACGAACACCACGCCGCUGCCGGCAAAGGCAAUCGAAGCAGAAGUCCCAGAACAUCCUGCUCUGGCAGCGGAUUCUUCAGUUCCCUUGUUCGUAGACCGUCCGGGUAUCUCACCCGCUAAAGCCGUAGCAUGGCAGCUUGACGCACACCCUGGCUUCCUGCAAGCCUUCAUAUCUUCGAUACGGUAUGCCCCGAUUCGUGACGAGCAUGAGCGAUGGAGCAUCAUUGGACUGAGGCAGGAGGCAGCUCGCUCAGCUUCUGCGCAGGACGCGAAGGAUGAAAGCUUGAAGGAAGGCAAAGUGCUCAUCCUGCUUGGGAAGCAGGAUCAGGUGAUUGUGGCUGCGGAGGUGGAGGAAGAUGCUACGGUCGCGCUGGGGAAGGAGAACGUGGAGUGUGUUACCUUGCACGGCGGUCAUGAUGUUCCUAUCAUCAACGCGCGGGGAUGUGUGGAUGCUAUCCUAGGCUUUCUUCGAUAG